GCAGAUCUGAGACCGCAAGUGCUUCCGCGAAAGCAGGUUCGCGGAGUGCACAUGCUGGUCGCAGAACAAACAGAGCUUCGCCGAGUCAGCCCUACAGAAGAGAACCGCAAUCUGGUCCUUACAGAAAAUUUUGUUUAUCGAGCGUCCACUCCAGAUCUGGGUUUGCAGAAGAAAGGGGAAGGAAAGGAAGCCGCACCUAGGUUCGAACGAACCCAGGAGGACGCCUGGCUUCCUGGGUUCGAACAAACCCAAGCAGCGUCGUUCGAACCCAAGAGGACGCUUGGAAUGAACCCAGGCAUCCUGGGUUCUUUCGAACCCAAGAGGACGCUUGGGUUCCACGCCUGGGUUCGUUCGAACCCAAGCGGCGUCCUAGAUUCGAAAGAACCAGUAAGCGUUGGGUUCCAAGGGGCUGAAAUAGAAAAUCAGAAUGAGAAUUAUGGCAGUAAUAGCGCAAAUGCCACAUCUAGUUCUAGUGGGGGGCAAGGGCCUGAUCGAAGUAACCUUAAUCACCUUGUUAGAUUUAAACCAAGUGGUGGGAAUGGUUUUGGUGGUGUUGCAAGCUUAAAGGCAAAUAGGAAUAGCAACGUUUCUUCUUCCCAAAGUGAACUAGGAAAUAAGAAAGGGAUGAAGGAUAUUGAGAGAUUCAAAAGAUAUUUAUCAAAGGCAGCUCAAGAAAAGAAUGAGCAAUUGGAGCUUGACAUCAACCUUAAAGAUAAAUUAGAAAUCAUGAAAAAUGAUGCUCAAUUUUAUGAUGUUCUUUCAUAUUGGAGGCUCAAGAGUGGGAGAUUUCCUAUUCUUGCAGCAAUGGCAUGAGAUAUUUUAGAUAUUCCAAUUUCAACAGUGGCAUCUAAAUUAGCUUUCAGCACAAGUGGUCAUGUGUUAGAUCACUUUAGGAGUUCUUUAACUCCUAAGAUGGCACAAGCUCUAGUAUGCGCACAAGAUUGGCUUAAGCAAAAAAAGAAAACAUUCAAUGUUACUCUUAAUUGUGAGGAUUUAGAUGAAUUAGAGGAAGUAAAAGCAGAAUAUAGGAAGAAGUUACGUCCAUCACUUUUAGAUGGCUGAUAUUUGUUGCUGUGCAUGUGAAGUUUUGGAUUUGUUUUUUGGGUUGCUUAUUGAUGCAAAUGUUGUUGGUUGUUGCUAUAAAUACUGCUUUCAAAUUUGUUUUUUGGGUUGCUUGUUGCUACUAAUGUUGUUGGCUAUUACUAUUUAGGUUGCUUGUUGCUACAAACUUGCAAAUGUUGCUGGAUGUUAGUAUAAAUACUACUUUCGGAUUUGUUUUUUGGGUUACUUGUUGCUGCAAAUGCUGCCCAUUGUUGCUAUAAAUAUUGCUGUUACUU